AUGUCAUUUAUUAACAUUUGCCGUGACAACACGGAUCCUUUCUACCGUUAUAAAAUGCCUCCAAUUCAGUCAAAGACUGAAGGUAGAGGUAACGGUAUUAAAACUGCUAUUGUUAAUUUAGCUGAAGUUGCCAGAGCAUUAAAUCGUCCACCAGCAUAUUUGGUCAAAUUUUUUGGUUAUGAAUUGGGUGCUCAAACUCAAAUUUUGAACGAUAGAUAUUUAGUCAAUGGUGCUCAUGAUUCAAAUGAAUUACAAGAUUCAUUAGAUGGGUUCAUUAAUAAAUUUGUUUUAUGUGGAUCUUGUAAAAAUCCCGAAACUGAAAUUGUAUUAAAGGGGAAAGAUUCCUUAGAAAGAGAUUGUAAAGCUUGUGGUAAAAUUUCUUUGGUUGAUCCUAAACAUAAAUUAUAUUCAUUCAUUGUUAAAAAUCCACCAGACAACAAAAAGGGUAAGAAAUCUGCUACUGCUACUGCUAAUGUUGUUGGUGGUGGUAAAUCCAUUUCUGAUAUUGCCUCAGGCCAUAAUGGUCAAGGUGACUCAGGAAAUAAUGCUGCUAAUGGUGAGAGUGGCGAAAAUGGUGAAGGUUAUAAUGAUGAUGAAGAUGAUGAUUUAUUAGCCAAAAAAAUCAAUGCCGAAGUAGCACAAUUGAAAGAUGUGGAAAUCAAAGAUGAUGACUGGGCCGUCGAUAUGUCACAAGAAGCAAUUGCUGCAAGAGCAAGAGAAUUAGAAGGUUUAUCUUUACAAAAUAAUAAAUUUGAUGAAUUUGGUGAAUGGUUAUUAAAAGAAUCUAAUGGAUCAAAAGAUGAUUUACCUUCUGAUGUGGAAAUAUAUAAACGUAUUGUUGAAUUGGACAUUGCUGAUAGUCCAGAAACUUUGCAAGUUUUGGGUCAAGUAUUAUUUGACGAUGAUAUAAUAAAUCAAAUUGAACCUCAUGUUGGUUUAUUGGCUAAAUUGAUCAAUGGUGAUGAAGAAUUUGAAAAAGCUUUAUUAGGUGGUUUAGAAAGAUUCUUUGGAUUAGAAAAACCAAAUUUGAUUCCACAAAUUCCAAAAAUAUUACAUGGAUUUUAUGAUCGUGAUUUGAUAAGUGAAGAAGUUUUAAUUAAAUGGGGUUCUAAAGUUUCCAAAAAAUACGUUCCAAAAGAUGUUUCUAAAAAAGUCAGGAAAGCUGCUAAACCAUUUGUUAAAUGGUUGCAAGAAGCUGAAGAAGAAGAAGAAGAAAGUGAUGACGAAUAA